CGUAAAAAUAUUUAAAUAUUUAGGACUUGGUUCCAUCGAGUAUCGAACACGUAAGGGGGUGGCGAAUAUAGAAGAGUGUGCAAGACGCUGUUUGCUGGGAACAAAGUGUGAUAUGUUUACAUUCUUUGCCUGGAAUCAGUGUAUUUACUAUCCUCAUCUCAAACUCAAACAUUUACCACUCUAUCAGGUAACAUAUCCUGCUGUGAGUUAUAACACAUAUGUGUUGGAAUGUGAUGACAGUGCGGCGACUAUUGAUACCUCUGGACGCUGGGAGGAUCCUGGUGUGAAAGGUUGGGAAGAAACUUCCAGCUGUUCUGCUCCUGAAAACUACAAUGGAUCAACUCACAACAGAUAUUUUCAUAAUUUUCUACCAGCCUGCCCUAAAGGAUGGAUAGAUUACAAUAAUGAAAAAUGCCUACUCCAUAGUGAUUCAGAUAAAAAAAAAUUUGAUGAAGCACAUUGGAAAUGUAUUAUUACUGAGGCUAGGCUUAUAUCUAAAUUGGACACCGACCUUCUAGAGUUUGGAAAUAAACAAGAUUGGAAAGAUUAUUGGACUUCUGGAAGAAGGCAUCGAGAUGGUUUUAAUCCUCACAGAUUUUACUGGGACUAUGGAUGGUAUGGAUGGGACCUUGGAGAUACUUCAAAAUGGAAUAUAGAUGCUUAUAGUACACCAGAUAAACCACAAAAUUGUCUUUGUGUGCAUGAUUCAAAUAAAAUGAAAGAUGAAGAUUGCGAUGAUGUUGAAAAGUACGUAUGCGAGAAAGAAAGAAAUCUAAAAGGCCUCGGGGGACAAGUGGACGGAUAUAGUAUAGAGAGGAUAGUCUACUGUCCUCAUGAAAAUAUUAUAUAUGAUUUGAAAUAUGAUCUUACUCUUGAUGCUAUUGUUUCUCAUCUUCCCGUGGAAUAUAUAAAGGAGUUUAACCCAAAUACCUUCUUAAAAGCAUGGAUAAGAUCAAUGCCUGGAGAUCCAAAAAAAUCGGGAGAGUUUAAAGUUUCUAUCGAAGUUGGAAACUCUAUUGAUGAGAUUACGCUUCCUAUGACAGAAAAAUCAGAAAGCAUCCCAAUUAUAAUUCCCAUUGCAAAUAUCACCGAGUUACCAAAAUUUAUUUCCAUCAAAGCAGAGACAACUGAAGGGGGGUUAAUAUCAUUUUCUCCGAUAGAAAUUAAAGUUGACCAGCCAAUAUACCUGGGCUGCAUCAGGGUUGCUUCCAGCAGCAGUGAUCUUGAGAUAACAGAUUCACAUUUCAAAUGUUUAAUCCACUGCAAAUCCAAGGAGAAACGGUUUGCCCUGUACUCUACUGGCAAUUGUGCUUGUAAAAAUGAUAUUGAAAUAGACCCGCUAUUUGGAUUAGAAUCAACCCAAGCUAAAGAUGUUGAAUGUCAAUCUGAGUCCUCUGGCGAUGUGUUCUCUGUUUAUGUUGCUGAAUGUGAGAAGGGCUUCCUACGACUAGGGUCUAGAUGCUAUACUAGUGUUGGAAAAGGGCAAGCUGGAUUACUAGAAGAACGAUGCAACAAAAUAGGUUCACAUCUGUGGGCCCCCAGAGCAAUUGCAGAUGUCGAGACUGUUCAGAGCGCCUUUCCAUCAAGUGCAGAUACAUACCAUCUCGGGGUGAGGAAAAAGAGCAGAAUAGAUGGAAUUACAUUUAACGAUCUGACAAUGGAGCCUGGCUUUUAUCCGUUAUAUUUUUCCUCUGGAGAACAUGAUGGGUUUAAGUUGGAUCCAGAUCCUAUACCUGACAACAGUUAUUUUGGUUCAGGCAAAGAUAUUCUUACAAUUGAUGCCACUGGUAAAGUAAGUGUAGCUGGAGACGAUCAGGAUGGAUUUGGAGUCUGCCAGAAGGAUUUAGUUCAACCCCUAGGACUUCUUCGGCUGAUUGAUGAAGUUAAGGUGAAGUAUAAGAUACAUGAUGAGGGAGUUGAGUUUCUAGAAAUUGAUUCUUCCAUUCUACCUGAUUCUCCUGGAAUACCUCUCAGAGUUCAGUUAACUAAAGGUUCCUCGGAAUCCUGGUUUGAGGUUGAGUUUGUGAAGAAGGUAAUGGUGGAUUCCAUAUUGAUAACAAUUAGUAAGGGGACCUGGAUUAAAGAGCUAACUGUGAUUAUACCUGGAGAAGAUGUGACUAUACCAAAUAUAAAACUGUUCUACUCUGCACUCACCGAACCAUUUCACAGGAUUAUUAGAUUUCCUCAGCCUUAUGUAUUUGACAGAAUCAAGAUUGAAAUCGUGAAUUCGGCUCGUAUUUUUGAAAUGAAAAUAGACUUUCUGGGCCAAUUCAUAUCAAAGAUGAUACCUGAUGGUUUCCUGGACCACGGACCAUAUGAGAUAUCAGAACUAGUCGUGAAUAAACCGGGGGAAAUGGUUGAAACUCUAGAUUACAGUAUUUGCCCUCAGGGUGGAGUGAGGUUUCAGUGCAAUGGGGAUUCCUGUGUACUAGAGCUCUCCAAUGAUGAGACUCAAAUCGGUAUAAUCACUUUCUCCAUUAGAACGGAAUCUGGAAAAUAUUUCCACUCCAUUAUUGCAACAGAUACUAUUACAACAACAGAGUUUAAAGAGGAAACAACUGCUAUUGACCAAGAGAUAUUUGUGCAUUGCUUAAAUGAUGAAACUAAUUUACAGGUGUAUGUCAAUAACAAGCUUAAACCCAUUGACAUCAAGUUUGAUAAAAGUAUAACACUUGUGAGAUUGAAAGGACCUAUUAGUCCUGGAAAAUUUGAAAAAAGCCUGAGGAAUCCAGGUGCCCUUUCACCACCAGCAACUGCCAAUAAACUUGGAUGUGAUACAUCAGGAAACAUGUGUUCAAGAGUUUUGAGUGAUCCAGGAAAAAUGAUCCAAGUUUAUGAAGCAGUGCCAUCUAAAAAGGUUGAAUAUAUGGAAUUUCAAAUUGAUUGGAGAUGUCAUAGAUCCCCUAACUUUCAUUCUCUCUGUAAUAUUAUACAGUGGAAAUGGAAUAAAGAUAUGGUGCAUGGUAGUGAUGAUGGAUUGAUUUGUCCAGAAGAAGAGGGAAUUAUUAAACUAGGAUUUCAGUGUCUUAGACUUAAAAUUGAUCCAUUAUCCUUCUCUGCUGCUCAGCAAAUCUGUUUGGAUUCAUCUGGAUUCAUUAAUCCUCCUCAAGGACUUAUUCAAGCUGAAAUAUUAAGAUUGUAUGCUGAGAAAUAUGGAUUACGCUCCUUUUGGUUGGGAGUAACUAAAGUAGAUGGAACUUGGAUGAGGACUACUUGGGAACCUGAGAAUCUUGAUUAUUUUAGUAUAAAUGAUGCAGAUUCGGUUGGAGACUGUAUAAUUGUAGACUCUGAUAAUGAAUUCAAGCCUAAAAUUGUUGACUGCGAAGAAAAACAUGGGUAUUUCUGCAAUGCUUCUCCAAACUGUCCAACUGGAUUUGUAUGGGUUCCUACGCUAGGGCGUACUUGUCUUCAUGUUGGAGGUAUUGUUGGCGAAAAAAGUGAAAUUGGAGACUUCCAUUCAGGUUUGAGUGUUUGUGCAAAAUUUGGUUUGAGUUUGUAUACACCAUCUACAUCUACCGAAUUAGAAGACUUCUUAAAAUGGGAUGAACUUACUAAAUCUGUAAAUGGAAAGAAUUUCACUGUCAUGACUGGCCUGCGUAAAUACUGGAGUGAGAAUCAACCAUUUUUUGUUUCCCAUUACUAUCCUGAUGACAUGCCAGCCUCAACAUUUUCAAGUCUUGAUGGCAAACAACCUUGUUUUAGUUCUUCAUUUCAUACAAUAACCGAUAAUAGCUGUUAUGAAGGUGAUCAAAAUAUCCCCAUGAGAGCAGUUUGUCAGUAUAAGGAGUGCAACACUUUGGAAAGUAAAACAUGUGUUUUCCCAUUCCAGUAUAAAGGAAGAACAUAUGAUACUUGUAUUCGUACAGACAAGGGUAAGCCCUGGUGCAGUCUACAAGUUGAUUCAAACAGAAACCAUGUUAAUGGAGUAAAUACUGUCGGAACAUGCGAUCAAAGUUGUGCAGUUCAAACCUGUCCAUCAGGAUUUUUCAGAAUUGAUGAAAACUGUUUUCAUAUUUCUGCUCGAACAUAUAACGAUAUAGUAAGCUCUACUAAUGAAGCUCAAAGCAAAUGUUUGAAUAUGGGAGCUAGGCUUUACCAGCCAAGAGACUUUAAAUCACUUGCUAAAUUAAUGGAGAGGGAAAGCAUCUUUUUGAUGAGAUCAGAAAAUCAUUAUCUCCAAAACAUAGCACUUCAAUCCUUUAUUGCUAUUGGAGCUAAAGUUAGUUCCAUUGAACCCACUUUAUCUAUUAAAUACUUAGAUGGAACUAGAGCUUACCCUGUAGAAAAAUUGUUAGAGAAGGAUGAAAAAGGAACAUGGCAAAUAUCGCACAAUACAGAAGCCUGUAUUAUGCUGAAAAAAGAUGGAAACCUGACUAUUGAAGAUUGCAAUGGUUAUGGAUUAAGCUCCAAAAAGUUAUUAGGUUACAUUUGUGAAGCCAAAGAAUUUAUUACAAUCAGCGGUCCCCAGUCAAAUAAUUCUUGCCAUUUCCCUUUUAAAUCAACCAUAGACAGUCCUUUUCACAGCACAUGUGUGAUUGAUGACUUACAUGAAAGUCCAUGGUGUGCUACAGAGCUGGAUGAAAAAAAGGUUGCAGUAUCAGAUAAAUGGGGAGUUUGCAGAGAUGAGAGACGAAUUGCCAUGAACGGAACAGGAGCCGGGAGAGAAUGUAUUUUACCAUUUAUUUUGAACAGAGUUUGGCAAACUAAAUGUAUUUAUAAUAUGGUUGGCGAACUUUGGUGUCCAACUCACAUAGUGGAUGGAUCUAGAGUAUUCAAUGAUCCUACUGAUGAAGUUGGAAUAUGUACAGAUUAUCUAAAACCAAUAAACACAGAUUGUGAACAGAAUUAUGAUAUGGUUGACAAAGUGUGUUUGAGAGUUUCUCCAAUUCUUGAAGAUUUUGAUAAAGCCCAAAAUAAAUGCAGGGAAGAAGGAGGAAACCUUCUUUCCGUCCUUACAGACACAUUUUUGAAAUCUUUGGAAAUCUACAUUUCAGAGUUGAACUCUUCCAAACUGUAUACUUCUCAAUCAUUAAGCUUUACAUCUUCAACUAAAUUCUGGAUUGGUGGCAUGUUCAAAGAAGAUGACUGGUAUUGGAUAUCAAAUAGCAAACUAAUAACUGAUUCUUUACCAGCGAUUGAAUGUGGCUCUGAAGAAUGCUCCAGUUCAUUUGGUUUGGUAUUUGAUUUAGAUGAAAAAAAGUGGGAAGGUAUUGCAAAAUCACAAAAGAUGCCAUACAUCUGCCAAUCUAGUUGUCCAGCAGGAUUUAAAUGGUAUCCGAAAAUACAAAAGUGUUUGCUGAUUGCAAAUACCCCAAAUUUAAAGACCAAAUCAGCUGCAAUGCUUGAAUGUGCAAAGAGAAGUUCAGUUCUUUUCAGCAUUGACUCCUGUGAUGAUUUGCCAAGGUUCUCGGAGGAUAUCAUGUCAUUCAUGAUAAAUGAAAGAACUGUAUCCACAGAAUUUUGGAUUGGCUAUUUUAGGGUUGACAAACUGGCAUACAAUGGUCGAAGGGUAAAUACUAUUCAUGGAAUUAAUUCAAAAGGAAAUAUUGGAGCGAAUGGCCCUUGUAUAACAACUAAAGAAGGAGAAAAGAUUUUAGAUUUUCUAAAAUCAAAUGACAGUGAUGUAUCUGAAUACAUAAACCUGGGAACAAGCAGCACACCACAGAUAUAUUUACAUGCACUACAAAAGAAUGAUGUGGUGGAAAAGGGUUAUAUUUGUGAACCAGAAAAUGACUGGAUUUGUCCAAAUGAUUAUACAAUGUUCCUGGAAGACUGCUACCACUAUGAAAACUUGUCAACUUCAUUUUCAAGUGCUUUUCUUCACUGCAAUUCCAUGCAUGGAAAUCUUUUUGAACCAAAGAUUUUUGCUCAAACUCUUUUCCUUCAGUCAUAUUUGUUAGAGCUAUUUAUAUCUGUUGUAUGGACUGGGUAUAGAAGAAAUAUGUUCAAAGAUGUUGAUGGCGGUUCUACUUAUUUUGAGACUUCUACUUUUACACAAUCUGACUUUCCUGAGAAACUUCAAGCAUCAGGGAAUGGGGACUGUCUUGGUUUAAACGUAACUGACUUGAAUUGGUUUUGGAUGGACUGCUCAGAGAAAAUUGCUGUUGUUUGUCAGACACCACAACUCCCAACAGUAGAAGCUGUAGAACUUAUUCAUGAUCCAAUAUUAGUAUUACCACUGGACAACAAAACUGUUGACAUAGCAUACAAAAAUUGGAUUGCAAAUCCAAAUGAAAAAGUAUUUCAAACCAAAAUGUCACAGCCUUCAGAUUUUCUGGGACACUCACUGUCAUACAUUGACUUAACCCAGUCAUUUUCAUUCAAAGAUGGUUUGACCAUUGCUUUAUGGCUCAGAUCAACUAACACCAGUGGAAAAGCUGUUAUAUUAGAUUUCCGAGAAGAAAAAGAUGUGGAUGGACUUUGUUUUUACAUUGAUAAUAGAAAACUCAACAUUGACCUAUGCAAUAACACAGAGUGUACAACAUUCACAUCUGCCUUUUUCCUACCUGAAGAAUCCUGGACUUUUGGUUCAGUUACUUUUGACAGCCUUAAUAAAAUUGGAACUUUUUAUUUAAAUGAAACAUUUGGUAUUUCUGGAUCCAAAUCUUCUAACUUUGAAUUUGAUCCAGAGGAUUGGUUGUUCAAAGAAGCCAAUCCUCUUAAAAAUUCAAGAUUAGGAUCAGCCAAGUUUCAGGAUGAAGAUGGAGAAGAGAACUUCUUUGGGAAAAUGUCCUGUCUUCAAGUGUUCUCACAGUACUUGUCACAGGCCCAGAUGUAUCAUGUGAUGAAAAAUUGCAAAAUUGAGGACUCCAAUCCUAAGGUCAAUGAAUGUCCUGUAGGAUUUUUCCGACUUCAUAAUCAAUGUUAUAAACUGCAUACAGAGCCAAUGUCAUAUGUCAGUGCAGAGGUAGAAUGUUUGACAGCCAAUGGUUCUGAAAGUUAUUUGGCCUACCCUGAGGAUUAUUUAAGCCAGGAGGCUCUUCUUCAGAUUGCGGUUGAACAGGGAUUUGAAGAUAUAUGGUUGGGAUUAGAUUCAAUGUCAGUUCACCCACUGGAAGAAAAAUGGAUGAAUAGUGAAGGAAAGGAGGAAAAUAGUUUAAAAUGGUCAGAUGGUUUUCCUGUCAGUGGUACACAGUACUGUGCCUUUCUAAACACAACCACCAAAAUGGGAAAUGAAGACUGUGAACAAAAGAAGGCAUUUUUUUGUUCUGUUAGACAAGAAAAUACCCCAGAAUGUCCUCCAAAUUAUUUCAGUUACAAGGAAAUGUGUAUUUACAAGAACUCAAAUAAGACUUCAUUUUCUGAAAGUAAAGAGCAAUGUGGUCAGUAUGGUGGAAUAGUAUUGCCAAUUAAGACUAAGGGAUUGUUUGAGUUUAUAAAGUAUCAUGCUAAUGCACUAAAUUCUGGAAGUCUGUAUAUUGGGAUGAACAGAACUGAUGGUUUAACUAGAUUUACAGAUUUCUCAGAAUACAAUUCAUUGUCUUUUGAUUUGAAUGGUUCAGAUUUAGUCAGUGAAAAUCUUCAAUGUGUGUUUCUGGACAGUUCUGAUGGUUUUGUUGCAAAGCAAACAGAUUGUGAAAAUCAGUUUGAAUCAUACUGCCUGUGGCAAGAGCCAUAUUGCCCUGAAAACUACACAGUUAAUCUAGCUGAGGCAAAUGGAAGAACCUGCUAUUCUCUAACUCAAGUUUUGAGUAAUUAUAAAGAUGCAGAAUGUAAAUCUGGGGAUCAUUUCCUGGAUAGAAUUGCCCAACCUGAAGAUCUAGAAUUAGUAAAACUUGCACUUCAACCCAAUAAGUUUGCUUGGAUCAAUCAAUCAACUGAGAAGUCAAAGGAAGAAUGUUCAGUUGCCACAUCAACUGGACUAAACUUAACCUUGAAUGGGAACAAAUGUGAAGAGGAAUUACCAACAUUAUGUGAAUAUAUAGCUUGCUACUCUACAGAUGGGUUUCAAUGCAUAUUCCCGUUUACUUAUAAAGGAGAAGAGUAUAAACAGUGUAUAUAUGGAGAUUUAUUGAAACCAUGGUGCCCAAUAGAAAUAGACAAAACAUCGCAAAUCACACGCUGGGGCCUUUGCCUUGACCAUUGUCCAGCAGAAGAAGAAAAACCAAUGUGUUUAUCACAUCCCCCCAUACCAGAAUUUGGAAAAUCUAGUGAUAACACCAGUUCAAACUUUGAGUCGAACUGGUUUGACGUUGACUUUUCAACUGAUGACAAGUCAACCUACAAUAUCUCUGGAGAAAAACAAAGAUUACAUUGGCCAGACUGGAUAUAUGAUUCAGAUAAUACAACUGAUACAAUUAUGUUUACGGUUGCAAAUAAUCUUGAGGAUUUUAGCAACAUCUAUUCAGCUUUCGCCAAUAAUAAACGUGCAGUAUAUACCUGUCCUAAAGGAUUUGUAUUUGAGACUACAUACGAAAGAUCAAUAUCAGUUCUGUGUUCAAAUGGGAAAUGGGGCACUGAAGACUUUGAUGCAUCCCAAAAAUGCAUAGCUCUGAGUUGUGCUGAGGAUGAUCUGCCAGAAAAGACUGAUGACCUUAACCUUGAAUCUGAUGAUCAUAUGAAAAGGAAAUCAGAGGAUUCAGAGAAUUGGAAUAAAUAUACAAAAACUGUCAAGUACAGCUGCCCCGAGGGACAUGUGGUUAAAUGGCCAAAUACAAAUGAAGUAAAUGCUGAUGUAACUGAUUUUGAGGUUAUCUGCCAUGAAGACGCAAAAUGGCAUCCAUUAAAAGAAGGAACCCCUCAAUUAAAUAUGCUUCCUUCAUGCAUACCACGCAACUGUACAUCUCCACCAGUUGCUGUUGAUAUGACUGAUUCUGGAAUGAUGAGCUGGAUUGAGACACCUGGGAUUGCUAGACCCUACGGUACAAUAGUAAGAUAUUGGUGUCCACAGAAGGACUGGGGAUACCCAUCUUCAGGGUUGAACCAACUAUGGUCUGAGUGUGGAAAGAACGGAGAAUGGAAUGUAACAGAAGUUGAGAAUUGCGUAGAAUUACCAUGCCCUAAUCCACCUCCACCCCCACACAUUGGAGCUGACAGAGUCUACGGGAUAAAUGCUACAAGAUAUACCUGUCCUGGGGGAAAGAUGUUUGAAACUGGAGAAUUCCCGUUCUGGUUCAACAAGUGUUUACCCAGCAAACAAUGGACCCAUCCUCAGAAACUUCCAGACUGCAUGCCCAGACAAUGUGUGGAAACCCCACCUGCUCCUAAUCCAACAACUGAGAUAAAGUGGCCAAAUAAACAUAACAAGCUCGGUGAUACAGUCACCUACACUUGUCUUAAGGGAGGAUUCAUUCCAUUCAUUGACGCAGAUGGCUGGGAGAACAUGGUAACAGAGCAAACUGUUGAGUGUAUGGAGUUGAAUGGUUUGAUGGUCUGGAUGCCUCAAAACAUCAGUCAAUGUUCUGGUAAACUUAUUGUCAAGAAUAUUUCAAUCACCGUUGUGAAUCGGGCAUUGUGUUUGCCUAGAGGGUCACUUGAAAUUAUGUUUACAGUCCAUACAGUGACUGCAAGCACAGUCAAUAUCUAUAAAAAUAUGCCUGCCUGUUUUUAUGCUUUUAUUACUUUUGUAUAAAUAGCUAAGGGAAUUUCAAUAAUCCUGUUCUUUAAUAAGAAUCAUGAAGUUCAUGAUGCUUAUUAAAGAAUACAAACAAAUAUUAAUAAUAUUUACUUAAUACAUUAUACAGAUAAUAUAAUGUUAGAUAAAAAAUACUUUAAUUAAGCCUAUUAAAUAUUAGGUAAGCUGUAAUAAUGCCUAUACUUUGUUUUUAAAUUAUAUCGCUUAUGAAAAAUUCUGAGUCUGGAACUUUAAGUAAGUAAAAAGGUUUUUUAACUUGCUUUUGCUAAAACUUCAUUUUUGUGCCAAUGUGAUCGACAUGAACCAGUGCAACAGCAGACUUUCCUAUAACUGCACGCAUAAGGUAAAAUUUAUAUACUGUGAGACAAAUAGAAGUGUGAUUAUAAAUACGAAAUUUAAGCAAUCUUUUUCAUAUUUGUUGUUGCACUGCACGAUUGCUCUAUCUUCAUUUGAUUAUUUAAAAACAUUAUUUGAGAAAAUAGUCUUCCUUUUCCACAACUUUGACCCGGAUCAGAAAUUCAAAUGUUCUACGGCUGCCCGUGUCCCCGUGAUCUUAUGUAUUCGAUAUUAAAAAAUCUUUUAUCUUUUAUUUUUAUGACAGAAAAGUUGGAUGGCUGCCAAAUAAGCGACUAAAAAUUGAUGUUAUUCAACAUCAAAUUUUGACAAAUUUACUUUCUGAUUGCAAAGCUUAAAAAUAAAUGUUUUUAAAUGUGUCCCAUAAAGUUUAAACUAUAAUGUAUUCACAAUUUGAAAAUCUCUGUGCCAAGCAACCUUGAAGGGACAUUAGCUUAACACUACUAAUGUCAGAACCAGAGAGGGGAAGAGCUUUUAGAUCUACAGGGUGAGUAAAAAACCCGGGAUUAUCAAUGUUUUGGACUGUUAAACAA